GUUACGGAAUUAUUACGUAUCGAGCCGACGAGCGACGCACAUGCCCGCGACGCGUGCAUCGUCGACAUUGAACCGGAUCGACGUCGCGUUAAUUAACACGCGUUUUUCUUUCAUCGAAUCGAGUCACGUGAGUGUCAGUGUCAUGGGGAAGUAUCCGAGAUGUCCACGUCGGAGGCAGCAGGAUCAAGUCAGGACAGCGAGGGAUAGCGAUGUAUCUCCAGAUUAUCGUCACGCUCAUCAGACAGUAAAGAUGGUUACCAUAGAAGAUAUUAGUUUGGAGCUUACAAAGCCAGCAAAACACCUGGCGGAUUGGACCUAUCCUUUUUCAGAAGCUCUGCAAGCAUAUUAUUCCUUAUUCAAUGAUACAUCCAAUAAGGGUUUCAGCAACGCUGGACUUGUUUUGCAAAAUUCUACAGCUGUGUACGUGCACAGGCUCAAUUAUCUCUGGGAUAAAACUGCAGUGAUUAGAGACAUUGUUAUUGAUUACAAAAAAGAAGAUGAAAAAAGUAAAUUAGGUAAGAAAAAGGAUAGAAAUCUUGAUAUAAGUUUUGAAAACUUUGGGGUAAUUAAUUUUGCUGACGUAAUCGACAAAAAUAUUGACAUUAAGAAGGAUGUUAUGCAGGAAAGUGUUAAGUCGAAAACACGUUGCUUUACACAGUUGGAGAAAGGUAUUGGGCAGAGCAUUCCCAUUAAUAUUUACGAUGUCAAUGGAGAAAUCAUUGGGAAGAAGUAUGAUUUUCGGUGCAAUCAGAAUAUGAGUACAAAUGGCAUGCUGAUCGACGAAUUUGCUCCAGAAGACUUUGAUUCCAGCAUUGAUGACUCCGUGCGAGAGAAUUCCACAAGCACUGCUCACGACAGUAGCGACAAAAAUCUAAGUACCGACGAGGAGUCCGAGAAAAACGAUCAUGACUCGCUGGAAGAGGCCUCCGAUUUAAUCGAGUCUCUGGACUCGAGCCAAAAUUUAUCUAGCAGCAAUGAUAGCAUCGCUGAUACGACGCACGGUUCUACGACCGAUAAUCAGCUUGACCGGAGUUCCAGCGAUAGUGCAAACGAAUCCCAGUGUACGUCACACAGUGAUACGAAUUUGCCGAGCAAUACCGUUGAUAGCAUUGUGUUAUCGAACAAUAAUAUCGAGAAAAAUGUGCACGAUGAGAACGAUCAGUUGGAUAAUACAGCCGAGUCGAAAAACUCGCAGGAAAGAAUCCCGUCGAUAGACAACGCGACGUCGUUGGAGGACGUGAACAGAGACGCGGAAUUGUCCAAAAGUCACACACAAAGUCCAAAAGUCUCACAUGCUACAUGCAUGUUCCAAGCAGACUCGAAUGCCUGCUUAACGUACAUACAGCAGCACAAUCCUCUAGAAUACGUUCAUGUGACGAAAGUGGAGCCAGACCUUUUAGGAUUCCGGUCGAAUGAAUUAUCCAAUACGCAUGAGAGCGCAACGUUGAGCUUCUCUGAGAACGAGGAGAUGGUCGAACUUUAUAGCUCUCCCGCGGCCGAUUUUAUGUUCAAUUCGUCGAACAGUACACGUAAAAGCCAAUCACGCCGAAAACGUACACCAAGGACUCCUAAGGAAGGUCGAAUUGUCAAGAAGCUCUUUGGGAAAAGGCGCACGGUGAAGAAUGAAUUGCAAAAAAAGAAUCUGGAGCGUAUCUUGAUGAGACUAGUGUCCUCGGAGAGGACAGACAGAUCGAGCAUGUUCCAGCAAAACCUGAAAGCCUGUAUGAAGUACAUACAGAAGUAUGAUCCCCUACGAUACGAUGAUAUGACGGACGCGGCGUCCAACUUUUUAGGAUUCCGAUUGCGUGUUGUCGAAGCGUGUGAUUCGAUGCACGAUGAUGCGAGAGGUGACAUGACGAUGACCUCGACCGAUCUCGACGACGAUACGCUUAGACCUGAUUAUAGCCCCAUCACUGUCCCAUUUAGUUCUGAGCAGCACGAAAAUUCCUGCGACUCUUGGUUUCAAUCAGACACGCCCGAUCUCUUGCCGAAAAGUAUCGAGAAAUGGCACGAAUUUCUGCAACCCAAGUUGCGCGCGGCCGAGCGGAGGUCAAAGUUUUCUAUUCGCCAAUACAGAUCGCGAGUGGUAGAGUGUCUGCAAGCGAACUCUCAGUGUCAGAUGAAUUUCGACGAUAUUAUACCAGUGGAGGAGGCCAGCGAGGUAGCGAGGUACUUUUUGGCGUCACUGGACCUGGCUUCGCGACAGAAAGUGAACCUGAUCAGGAAUAUGGAUCUCGAACACAGUAUACAGAUUGCCUUAUACGAAAAAGAUGCGCAAUAUUCCCACAACGAUCAAGCGGACUCGCACGAUUACCCGGUAUUCGUCGUAGUCGUCGUUGUCGGCCGUAGUAUACAUUGGAACAGUGGCGGCGAAACAAAACGAGACGCGGAUACAGCAGCGUGCAUUCACAAACGCCGAGACUGCGCCGCGCUCGCGCGCACAUCACACCACACCAACGCCGUCGCCGUCGCCGCCAUCACGAGCACACACACGGAUAAAAUACAUGGCGACAUGAACAGCAAGAGUGCAUUAUUAGUGCAGCGUUGGAUGCUCCAACCGCGCGUGCUGCUCGUUCUCAUUUUGCUGCAAUUUAUCAUUCAGUUUUUCACGUCCGUCUAUCUGUAUAAGUACAUCACGAACGUGGAAAGCGAUCUGCGCCUGGUAAAAAGCCAAUACCCGUUCGAGAGCGCGGCGAUCCCGCGACGAAAACGCAGCAGCGCAUUGCCAAUAGCCGAGGAUAACGCUGUUUCCGAUUUAUCCAGCAGGAUUCAAGAAGAUAAGGAGAUGCAGGGCACAAAGAAGAUGACAGCAUCCCCUAUCAUGAUAUCCGGUUCUGCGUCUUCGCAGAAGACGCCUUCGCAGAAGACGCCUUCGCCCACGGUGACCGGAGGUCAAGACUGGGUCUGGUUGAACGCCGACACACGUAUACAAUUCGACGCGAUCGAGAACUUCUGCCGAUCGUCCUCCAAGUAUUGCCCGCCGGGGCUUCCUGGAGCACCCGGAAAUCCAGGCCCGCCCGGCGAGCCGGGAUUACCAGGGGCUCAAGGAAUGAUGGGACCAAAGGGCCCGCAGGGCCCACCUGGACAUCUAGGUGUGAGAGGGCCGAAGGGCGACAUCGGUCCACCAGGCUUCGACGGAAGGGACGGUAUACCGGGUGAGCCCGGUUUAGAUGGUAUACCUGGCAGAAGCGGUCUGGACGGUACACCUGGUACUAACGGCAAACCUGGAAUCAACGGAGCGCCCGGACUGCCUGGAAGAAACGGAACGGACGGAAGAUCCGGUCAAAUGGGGCCGCAAGGACCACCAGGACAACGAGGAGACGAAGGUCCACAAGGUCGCGAAGGGCCACCGGGGAGAAACGGCACGCCAGGUAUACAAGCUUAUGGGAACGUGAACAAUAUGGAUGAGAUAUUAAUCCCGCCAUCCAUACUGAGAAGCUAUGUCGGAAAAUGGGGCGUUUCAGGAAUUACACCGAACGGGAGUGAUGUGAUUUCCGUGCAAGAAGGCACCAACAUACGGCUGAGGUGUGACACGAGUGGAAAACCGCAGCCUGUCGUGCAGUGGACGAAAACAGACGGAUCCGCCAUAUCAAUGGGUGCCUGGCACGUGAGCUCCAUACCGAGCCACACGUUCAAUAUCAGCGUAGUGAACCGGAAUCAUAUGGGCGAGUAUGCGUGCAACGCCGACAACGGGGUACCACCAGCCAGGUCCAAGAAGAUCAUGCUCCAAGUCAAAUUUUCGCCGUUUAUUCGCAUACGCAACCAAGUAAUUAUCGUACGAAACCAAAACCCGGCGAUGUUAGAAUGCGAGGUGGAAGCCUUUCCCGAGCCGUCCGUUCACUGGGAGCGCGGUGACGGUCGCCGUUUGAAGCCAUCGGAGAGGUAUAGGAUAGAUAUUUACGACAAGCGCGACAUAUACAAGGUAAUUUACGAGAACCUUCUUAUCGAAUCUACGCCAUUUUGCUACGAUUUCUUAACUAUUUUUUUUUACGAAAAUAUCCUUCGAACCCAAAACCCCGCCUAUACGCCCAAACAGCACACGAUAUCCCAUGGACGUUCUGUGGAUGUCCUUAGGACAUUGGGACAUCCUCAGGACAUCCUGAGGACAUCCCGAAGAGAUUUGUGCUGUCUGGGAAGAUCCGGUCAAAUGGGGCCGCAAGGACCACCAGGACAACGAGGAGACGAAGGUCCACAAGGUCGCGAAGGGCCACCGGGGAGAAACGGCACGCCAGGUAUACAAGCUUAUGGGAACGUGAACAAUAUGGAUGAGAUAUUAAUCCCGCCAUCCAUACUGAGAAGCUAUGUCGGAAAAUGGGGCGUUUCAGGAAUUACACCGAACGGGAGUGAUGUGAUUUCCGUGCAAGAAGGCACCAACAUACGGCUGAGGUGUGACACGAGUGGAAAACCGCAGCCUGUCGUGCAGUGGACGAAAACAGACGGAUCCGCCAUAUCAAUGGGUGCCUGGCACGUGAGCUCCAUACCGAGCCACACGUUCAAUAUCAGCGUAGUGAACCGGAAUCAUAUGGGCGAGUAUGCGUGCAACGCCGACAACGGGGUACCACCAGCCAGGUCCAAGAAGAUCAUGCUCCAAGUCAAAUUUUCGCCGUUUAUUCGCAUACGCAACCAAGUAAUUAUCGUACGAAACCAAAACCCGGCGAUGUUAGAAUGCGAGGUGGAAGCCUUUCCCGAGCCGUCCGUUCACUGGGAGCGCGGUGACGGUCGCCGUUUGAAGCCAUCGGAGAGGUAUAGGAUAGAUAUUUACGACAAGCGCGACAUAUACAAGUUCAAGAUGAGGCUGAAGAUUACGAGAGUGACCUCAUCGGAUCAUGGAACUUAUCACUGCGUGGUGAAGAAUGAUGUCGACGUUACCAAGGGAUCUUUUAUAGUGGAUGACGACUCUAAAAACAUCGAGAGACUGAAGUUGGGAAAGCAACAACACGUUACGUACGGCGAUCCCAUGCCUACGAGCGUCGAUCAGGAGGAAUUAUGCAGUCCGCAAGAAACCUGUGCGGCGUGCCCUGUGCUGAAAUGCACGUACACAGAUAUAACAGAUCGCGUACACGUUCAACCGUUACGAGGCUUUAACUUCACCGGGCCGCCGCCGUCUCUAGCCGAGGGCAUGAUAGAGGCCGUGGGGAAGCCUGUGCUGAAAGGAAGCAUGGACGACUACUACGGAAGUUGGAUGCACGACGCGUCCUUCCGCCACGACGGCACGCCCGAUAAGCUCUGGGUCACUCGCAAGAACGACACGUCCCACAUCUUGGAGUACAUAUCGAAGGACUAUUUCAAGAACGACACGGCUCGUCUCAAAAAAUUGCCCUAUCCCUUCCAGGGUAACGGACACAUAGUUUAUAACAAGUCCUUCUUUUAUAAUCCGCAAAAUCGCUCGACGGUCUUCCGCUUCGAUCUCUACUCGACUUCGGAUCACGGCUGCGACCGGGACUUCAACAAGUGCGAGAUGCAGCUACCCGGCUUGGUGCUCAACACCCAGAAUUUCCUCUACACGCCAUACCAUAAUUUCAAUUAUGUGGAUUUCAACGUGGACGAGAACGGUUUAUGGGUCAUUUACGGGCUGCCAUCCAAUAAUACCGUAGUGGUGAAAAUGGACCCCAUGAGAAUGGCUAUUCAAUACGCAUGGAAUAUUAGUAUUGAUCAUCAUAGGUUCGGAGAGAUGUUCAUCGCGGGAGGAGUGCUUUACGCUGUACAUAGCGUCACCGAGGAGACUAUGAAAAUAUGGUUCGCGUUCGAUCUGUUUCGAAAUGCAACGUUAAAAGUACACCUGUCAUUCACGAAUCCAUAUCAUAAGACCACGGCGGUCAGUUACAAUCAUAAAACCAAGGAGCUCUACACGUGGAACAAGGGCAACCAAUUAGCCUACCCCGUGAAAUAUCGCGACGACAUGAAGGACGUGGUGGGUGGCAACUAAGGCUAUCGUCUUCGUCGCGGCGCGACGAUGAAAAUCGGCACGUGCAAGCGAGUUAAUCAACGUGGGAGUAUUCGAUUGAACGACUUCAAUUUUGUGUAAUGGGGACGCAAUCAUCUCGUCGAACGAGCGUCUUUAUCGUGUGCACGUAUCAAAAAUGUAAUGAAUAUAAAUGGAAUAUCGGUGAAGACAAUUCUUUGCGAGUAAAGUGGAAAAAAUAGACGUGUCGACGAGAACGAUCACUGAAUGUAUAUCCGUUUCUGUAAUCGUGUCACAAGUUAUACACAGCUGUUAUAUUCUGGAUAUUUCAGAAUUGUAGAUACGGCUUUAACUAGCUAAUAGAAGCGAACAAAAGACUCUCAGUAUACAUAUAUAUUAUGAAUCAAUUAUGAAUCAGCAAUCCCGUCUCGCGGUAUAUCGCGAGAUUUUCGAAACAAAAGUCAUAAUUAUAGAAAUGACAAAGAAGAACGACAGAGGAACAGCUCUAUUUAUACUCGAUAUGAUUUCAACUAUUUUCGUGUGGACUAGGUCAGCGUACUUGCCGACGUAAUUAGCUACAAGAAGAGAGGAAGAGAGGGGGAGAAAAAGAGAAAAGGAAAAGCCUUGACCUGACCUGACCUAAUCGGGCCACAUUGAGUCCCUUUACGAGAGAGAGAUUGUCCUCAAAAGAAGAACAAAAAUUAUUUUAAUAGCAGAAUAUGUUUAUUUAAUUAAAAAAUGGAUGUUUAUUUAUUUAAAAAAUGGAUAUACCAAUUAAUGCACAAAGUCAAAUUGAAUAACAAGCUCUGAUUAAUUAUUUACAAAAGAGAAUUUACGUGCGGGAAAUAACAACGCUCAUAUGAAACAACAUUUCUGUGUGUGCAGUUCAAAAAUAAUUUCAAAAAUAAUUCAAUUAAAUAUAUUCCCUCUCUUCUCUCUUAUUAAUUGGAGAAAAUCAAGAACUAUAUAUACUGUGUAUGCGUACGGGCGUGAUAAACGUGGAGAUAUCGAUCAGCUCGUAAUGCAAUAUUUUUAAUUUCUAAGUACAAUUAUACGGUGGAACAAUCAUUCAAUCGGUGGAACAGUCACAUUAGACCUUAAACUCUGUUUUAUACGAUUAGCAAGUAAUAUUGUUUUUCAACAUAUAGUUAAUAGCCUUAUCACAUUAAAGUCGUUUUGGAUUUUCUUA